AUGGAAAUUUUCCGAGAAGCUUUGAUUGGACUGGAAGCUAGAGAAAAUCAUCUGAAUGGUGUACAAGAAUCUCUUUCUGAAAGUUCUACAGAACUUGCUGUGAUGCUAGAGGCCAUCGAAGCUCCGGCGAAGGAAGUUGAGGAGAAGGGGAGAGAGUGUCAAAGACAGGUAGCAGAUCAUUGGAGAGAGCUCGAGUUGGUUGAUAAGAAAGAGGAAAAAUUGAAGAGUUUACAGAAGGAGAUUGAGGUGAGGGAAAAGGUUUUGGGUUCAAAACAGGGGAUGCUUGAACCUAGAGAAAGUGAGCUGGAGGCUAGGGAAAAGGUUUUGGAAUUACAGAAAAGAGAGAUUGGCUUGAAACAAAGAGAGCUUGAUUCUGCGCAAAAAAGCAAGGAAAGUUGUUCUAGAAAACUUGAUUCAAUAAAUCCGAUCCCAACCUGGGGAAGGGCAAAGAAAGGAAGGAAAAGUGGAGACAAGAAUGAAUAUGAGAAUGACUCUGAACAACAUCCUGUCAUUGAUCUGGUUGGAUCAGAUUCUGGUCAUUCAGGUUUAGGCUUGGCCAAUUCAAAUUCAGAUACGUACUCAGAUUCUUGUGAUUCUUCAGGUUUUGAAGGCUCAAGUCCUAUUUAUCAUUCGAACAAAUUGUUUAAUAACUUCAGAAGAACAUACACGUUAAGCAGGUUUCAUGUUGGUCAAAUUUGGGCUUGUUUUUAUCACAGUAGUAAUAAUAAGAUACAAAAAUCAUAUGCAAGGGUCUUGAAGGUGCGUGAUCCUAUUGUUUGCAUUGCAUGGCUCCAGCCUGUGGCACAUUAUCCAGGUGCAAUGUCGUACAGGAAGAACACCAAAAGUGUGAAGUUACCUGCCAUAAAGCAGGGUUGGAAGGAGCGGAUAGAUGCGGGGUUACCUGUUGGUUGUGGUGAAUUUAUAUGUGGUAAACAGGAGGCCCUGUCAUUAUCUCGUUGUAACUUUUUGCGUCAAGCUUUCUACAAAGAUAAUUUUGCUUCUUGCAAUCUUGGCAGUCCUUACUUAAUACAUCCUCAAAAGGGAGAGACUUGGGCCCUCUAUAAGGAUUGGAACCUUAGUUGCUGUGCUUCUAAUCCCGAAAAUCAUUUAUCUUGCCAGUAUGAGAUAGUUGAGAUUGUCCAGAGAAAUCCUUUUGACACUAGAGUUGCUUCCUUGGAUAAAUUGGAAGGAUAUGGAAGUUUAUAUCGCAGAAGAAACCACAACAAGAAGGAUACUUUUUUGAUACGUGAUGAAGAGCUCUUUAGGUUUUCCCACAAAAUACCUUCUUUUAGGAUGAGCAGCCAAGAGAGCAAAGGUGUACCAGAGGGAUCUUUUGAAGUUGAUCCCAAGUCGCUUCCUGCAGUUUCUUGA